AUGAAGACAGGAAUGGCUGAUGUUCUGCGAGGAUAUUGGCAGCAGAUUGUUGCCACCAAGAGGUUAUACCUUAAUCCACACGAGCAUUUUGGUCGUGCCAACAUCUGCCGUGCUGCGCUCGCCAGCUACGUAGGAAUCUAUUUUCUGUUCAAGUGGAACCAGAAGAGAAAGGUAGGUGGGUUUAGUUGUCUGCAACAAGUUAUUUGUAAAAGAAUGUGCUUUCAGGCGAGGAAUCUCCGCGCACUGCAAAAUGCGGAGCGUAAGAAUGUGCUAAACGAUGCACUGGCUCGUUCAGUUCAUUCAUGA